UUAGACAUUUUUUAGUGAGUAGUAUCACUGAGUGUGUUAACGAUUUGCACCGUAUUUUGACGAGCCUGAGGGGCGAGUCAAAAUAAUGAGUAAAAAUGCUCAGUGAUUCUACGCACGAAAACUAAUAAUAUUCUAUUUACCAUCCAACUGCUUUAUCUUAAGGCAGGAAAAGCAAAGCAGAUAGCAACCACGACCGACCGGUUAAACAGGUUUUCUUUACAGUACAAAAUAACCAAAUGUACAGUAUCACGUGAUAUUUGUACUCGAUUCGGAAUUGGGUUGUAUAGUAGUAGCAGAGAUUUUUCGUCAUUCACAAUGGCUGGUGAUGUAAGGAAUAUUAUCAACUACCAAAGAUAUCCGAUUGCUGAGUCUAAGAGCCACAUUCUCCAAGAAAUUAUAAGCCGUGCUAGAGGCGAACUGAACGACAAUGGCAUUGCCUUGUUGCGGGAUUUUAUGCUUCCUUGGGCUAUUCGCCAAACAAUCAUAGACACAGAAGAAGCCUUACCAGAUGCAUUUUGUAAAGCAGUUGAUCACACGGUCUAUCUUGAGGAAUGUCAAGAUUCUGUCCUCGAGAAAGAUCACGCGAGGAAUUUAUUGUGUCGAUCUUCAAAAUGUUGCAUCGCAAACGACCAAAUCAAGACAAACUCGCCGCUAAAUCAGCUUUAUAUGUCAUCGGAGAUGACAAAUUUUGUUCGACUUUUGCUAAACAAAGACGCGCUUUAUCGUACAGCUGAUCCUUUGGGGGCCUUAAGCUUGCAGGUCUACAGGAAAAAUGAUGGCCUUGACUGGCAUUUUGAC